ACUCCAAACCUAGCAGGCUACUUAUUCUUCUCCAACGAACAAUGUCUUACAAAAACUUUAUCAUCCUCACCAUACUGCUUGCAGUAGCUGGACAAGUACUAGCUAGUAGGGGCAACCCAAAAACAAGCAAGAAUAAUAAUGGUGAGAUGAAACAACCUGAGUGGUUCCUUAAGUCUGACAACAGUGUGGUCAUUCCAGGGAUAGGUAGGAUUCUGGUGCCACCAGCAUUUACUGGCCACACUGUAGGUGGAGUAACAGGUUCCAGUGGAAGUGGAACUGGGAUUGGGACUGGAACUGGAACUGGAACCGGAACCGGCACCGGCACCGGGACUGGCACUGGGAGUCAUAUUCCAGGUGGUGAUGACACUUUUGUUCCGAAUCCUGGUUAUGAGGUCCCAACUCCUGGAACUGGUAACGGCGGUGGUGUUCCAACAGCUGCUCGUCCUUGAGUUUGUUAAUCUAGCAAGUUGUUCUUUCAAUUAAUGGCUCUGUUUGGAGCCUGUGAAUUUAAAUAAGCUGUGUGCAUGCUAGUUGAUGUAAUGUGUUGUUGUUUUGUUACGAGUAGAAUAAGCGACUGGAUUUGGGAGUUGAACCUAGCCAUUGUAAUGAACUCCAUGACUGUUCUGCAAUUAAUGAGAGCAUGUUUUUUAUA